AUGCGUCAAGGCUCCGCCGAUGCCAACGCCGACGCGGCGUUGGCCCGGAUGGGCUACAAGAGUGAAUUGCCUCGCAACCUGAGCAUGUUGAGUAUCCUCGGUCUCUCCUUCGCCAUCAUGGCCGCACCCUUCGGUCUCAGCACCACCCUGUACAUCACCCUCACCGACGGCCAAUGCGUGAGCAUCAUCUGGGGCUGGGUCCUCGUCACCAUCAUCUCCAUUGGUAUCGCCGCCUCCCUCGCCGAAAUCUGCGCCGUGUACCCGACCGCCGGCGGCGUCUACUACUGGAGCGCCAUGCUGUCAACGAAGGAAUGGGCCCCGAUGAUGUCGUUUGUGGAUGGCUGGCUGACCCUCGUGGGCAACUGGACGGUCACCCUGAGCAUUACCUUCUCCGGAGGACAGCUGAUUCUGAGUGCCAUCUCGCUGUGGAACGAGGAUUUCGUGGCCAAUGCCUGGCAGACCAUCCUCAUGUUCUGGGCAGUGAUUUGGGUCUGCGCGAUGGUCAACAUCUUCUUUUCCCGAUGGCUGGACAUCAUCAACAAAGUGUGCAUCUUUUGGACUGCAGCGAGCGUGGUGAUCAUCUUGAUUACCCUCCUGACCAUGGCGGACCAUCGCCACGACGGUGCAUAUGUCUUUGGCCAUUAUGAUGCGUCGCAGAGCGGAUGGCCAUCGGGAUGGGCCUUCUUCGUCGGCCUCCUUCAGGCGGCAUAUACCUUAACGGGGUAUGGCAUGGUGGCCGCCAUGUGUGAAGAGGUGCAGAACCCACACCGCGAGGUCCCGAAAGCGAUCGUCCUCUCGGUCGUCGCCGCUGGCAUCACCGGCGUCGUCUACUUAGUCCCGAUCCUCUUCGUCCUGCCCGACGUCAAGACCCUGCUCAACGUCGCCAGCGGCCAACCCAUCGGCCUGGUCUUCAAAACCGUCACCGGGUCCGCCGCCGGCGGAUUCGGUCUUCUCUUCUUGAUCCUGGGUAUCCUCAUGUUCGCAGGAAUCGGGGCCCUCACCGCUGCCAGUCGAUGCACCUACGCCUUCGCUCGCGACGGCGCCAUCCCCGGAUUCCGCAUCUGGCGCAAGGUCAACGACCGCCUCGACGUGCCCGUGUACGCCAUCCUCCUCUCCACCGUCAUCGACUGCCUCCUCGGCCUGAUCUUCUUCGGAUCCACGGCCGCCUUCAACUCCUUCACGGGCGUCGCCACCAUCUGCCUCUCCACCUCCUACGGCGUCCCCAUCCUCAUCAAUGUGAUCCGCGGGCGCCAGGCCGUCAAGGAAUCGACCUUCUCCCUAGGCCGCUUCGGAUACGCCAUCAACAUCGUCACCGUCUGCUGGAUUGUGCUGGCCGUGGUGCUCUUCUGCAUGCCCGUGUCGCUGCCGGUCGAUGCGUCGAGCAUGAACUACGCCAGCGUCGUGUUCGCGGGCUUCGCCGCGAUUAGUAUCACUUGGUAUGUCGUGUAUGCGAGGAAGCAUUUCACGGGCCCGCCUGUCACGAGCGAAGACACAUAUCGAGUCUUCGUCCACGCCCUCAACACCGUUAAACGCAUCCCCCGUACCGGCACCGCCCGGCCGCCGGCCUCGGAGCGAUUGAAGCUCUAUGGCCUGUACAAACAAAGCAUGGAGGGCGACGUGGAGGGGGUGAUGGACCGACCGGUCGGGAACACGGCGGAUGUGUAUGCGGAGUGUGAGAAGUGGGAUGCAUGGUUCGCGCAACGUGGAUUAUCCCGCACCGAGGCCAAACGUCGAUACAUCUCCACGCUCAUCGAGACCAUGCACCGCUAUGCGUCGCAGACGCCCGAGGCCCGCGAGCUGGUUUCCGAGCUCGAGUUCGUCUGGGACCAGGUCAAGAUCAAUACCUCCGCGUCGUCGGCGUCCAGUAGUAGUCCCGUGCAGGCUGUUGCUCCGCCCUUGUCGCUGUCCCAGCCUAGCUAUGGGAGCAUCGGGGGUCGCUUGGCUCGCCCUGACUAUGAGCAUAUGGUGGCUACGGCGCGCGGCGGUGACUCGCGGCUACGCGUGCUGAGUCCCGUGAGUCAGCCGGAGGAAGUGUUUCAGCGGCAUGGGUCCCGUGGGGUCCCGGUGCAGGAGGACGAUGACGAGGAUGAGGAGUAUGCGGAGGCGCAGGAUAAUCUUGACGAAGAUGAUGACGAUCAUGACCACGACGAUGGCUCGUAUAACAAUGGCCCCGAGGAGGGGAGUGAGCCGGACGCCGAUGAGGCCGUACGACGCGGUCGUGGGCGCACCGGCCCCAAGAAACCCCCGGAUGUCGAUCCUCGGCGGUGGCGGCGCAGAGUCGAGCAGGCCUUGACGAGCAUGACCGCCGAGAUUGCCGCGGUUCGGGAGCAGAUGGAAGCCCGUGCUGUGGCUCACCGGCGGCGGAAUAGCCUCUGGGCGUGGCUGAAAUGGCUCGUCUGGGUCACGCUCCGCCAGGUCAUCUGGGACCUGGCCAUUCUGGGGAUGCUGUUGAUCUGGAUGCGCAUUCGCGGAGACCGACGGCUGGAGAACAAGCUCAAGGUCGGGUGGGCCGAGGUGAAGACGCGAUUGUUGAAGUUGAAAGGGCUUCGACGGAUGUCCAAGGUACAUAAAUGCCCUUAG